GGUGUCCAUAAAGAUUGUCAAAAGCUUCUGUGACGCGCACGCUCAGAGGUAUUCGUGUAUGAGAAAAUGGCUGACGUCUCUUUGGAUGAAGUUAUACGGCGGCGCCGUAUUAACCAAAAACCUCCACCUAAUCGGCCUGUGUUCGGACGCCUUGGGACGGGAGAUGGAAAAAACUUUGACGCCAGGCAAAAAAUCGGGCAGAACGAUGCAAGGCAACGCCUAGGAGGAGGAGGAGGAGGAGGAGGAGGAGGAGGAGGAACAGGAACAGGUUUUCAAGUGAAGGACGCCAGAGAGAAGCUGGUCCAGAAAGACGCUCGGUUCAAAAUCCGCGGCAGGGGAGGUGCAGCGGCGGGAGGCGUGCAGGACGCCCGGCAGAUGAUCAACUCGCGCAAGCAGGGGCAGAGCCAGAGUCAGUUCGGCUCCUUUGCGCAGACCACACUAAAGGCGGCGAUCACGCAACAGCUGCAAAGCAAGACCGCCGUACCUCAGAUCCAAAUCCAAACCGGCAACAACCUCGCAAACGCCAGGCAGUUCACAACUACCAUACAAGGACUGAUUCCCCAAGUCAGCACGACACCGCAGUUGAGCAAUAGCGUUCGAGUAAUGGACGCCCGCGACAGGCUGAGCCUCAAGAGGAGCAUCGGAGGAACACAGACGCAAACAGCUGCGGAGCCUCCUCUAAAAAUAACUAAGACCAUCCAGCAACGUCCAGCUGGGACCUUGGGGGGAAUCCGUGCGAUGACGCAGCCUGCCGUAAGUGCCCUCGACAGCAUCGCCAGCAAACAAAUAAAGAUAACGACCGCCAACAGCAUGCUGCAGUCCCGGACUGGCACUGCAGGGUCCAUGUUCUCCAUAACUGCCCCGAUCACUAAGGUGGUUAAAAAUGAUGCCUACACGGCCCCGCGGCCCCCAGUCCCCGUGGCCCCCACCCGGCCCAACACCAGCACGGCGGCCGCUCGUUCCUCUGCUGCAGCGUUGCAGCCCGUGUCCAGGACUCUGCAGCAGAGCGCAGCGGAGACCAGCACGGCAGCACCAACUCCUCCACAGCCUGCAUUCAGCCCGUUGGAGGGGACUAAAAUAACGGUGAGCAACCUUCAUCCGCGGGUUAGCGAGGAGGACAUAAUGGAACUGUUCUGCGUGUGCGGCGCUUUGAAGCGAGCGCGCCUGGUAAAGGUGGGCGUGGCCGAGGUGGUGUUUGUCCGUAAAGAGGACGCCGUCAGCGCAUACAGGAGGUACAACACUCGCUGCUUGGAUGGCCAACCCAUGAAGUGCAACCUUCAUAUUCAAGGAACCGUCAUCACCUCCGAUCAGCCGAUCCUACUGAGACUCAGCGACACCCCAGGCGCUGGCAGCAGCAGCGGCGGCGGCACGAAGAAAGACGGCCUGCCUCCCUCUCUGUCCCGUCCCAGCGGCCAGCGCGCCUCCUCUCAGCCCACGGCCGAAGUGGACCCCCAGACCAUUCUCAAAGCUCUGUUCAAGUCCACCACACAGUCCACCUCCACCACCGAGGCCCCCAGCUCACAGACCACCGCCUUCCGCAUCAAGAUAUAGAAGCAGCAAGAUACAGGCAGCCCGCAGUCUCUGAUGAAACUGGUUUUUACACAUUUCAUUUCAUUGAGUACUCGGAACAAGGGGGGAAUAAACGGAUGAUCUGCAUCUUCUUCUGUUUUUGGUUUUGUGCAGUCAGAUGUUACCUGGACC